ACGUAUUCGAAUUAACAUCAACUGCCGAAAAUUGCAAUAAUAGUGUGUCGUACUAGUAUUGUCAUUGGUCUUAUACAGGAAACAGUAUUACACUGGCAUUCGGUAUCAACAUUAGCAGUUACAUGUGCAGAAUUGUAAAACUCAUUAUUCAAGCGACUGAGGUGUAGCCAACUCAUGUUCACGGAAUGUAUUAUAUAUUUAAUCUGGUAAACGGUAUGCAUGGCACCAUACGUUAGGAAUAAAAUCAUAUGAUUCUGCCUGAAAAUAAGCCAACGCAAGUUGCUGUACCCGGAUAUUCACGUCGGCUGAUUUUGUUUACACACUCCAUUUUCAAGUAUUGGUGUAAUGAUUGAAUAGUCGUAGCGCAUAUUAAAGUUCAACUGUUUUACGAAACAUGGCUGUGUGCGUUAAUGUUUAAGGUAUGGGAAUUGGCUAAUUUCUGUUAGAAUAUUAUUGAGUGUGAUAUGGUUAGCAAAUGAAUAGUUUGCCACUGCGUAUGUACAAAUAAAUUUUUGAAGCACAGCAUUGAUAUGCUGAUGUUUGAAGCAGACCCUGCACAUUACCAGUUGUGCUCGGAUUUGGGUCAUUGCUGUGAAGAUAUUGCUACAGUCCAUCUUGCCAGACAUCUCCCUUCUGGUACACUGGUUGCUAUUAAAAAAUUUAACAUGGACAAAUCAAAGCAAGAAGCAAAUCUUAUCCAGCAUGAGAUAAUCCUGACAAGACAGCUGCAGCACCCUAAUGUUCUGCCAUACUAUGCAGCAUUUGUGUCUGGUCCAGAGGUGGUCGUUGUGGCACCCCUGAUGGCAUAUGGUUCUUGCAGGGAUCUGCUGUCUAGUCAUUUUACAGAUGGUCUUCCUGAGGCAGCCAUUGCUUUCAUUCUUCGCGAUGUUCUCCAAGGACUAGAUUAUGUCCAUCGAAAGGGAUACAUUCACAGAGCAAUACGUGCCAGCCACAUUUUAGUGUCAAGUUGUGGACGGGCGUGCCUAUCUGGGCUGCGUUAUGCAUGUCGGAUAGUAGAGCAUGGUCGUUGGCAGCGUUCUGUGCACUCCUUCCCUUGCAGCACAGCGUGCAACCUAAACUGGCUGAGUCCUGAGGUGCUGGAGCAGAAUUUGCAUGGAUACAAUGAGAAAUCAGAUGUGUACAGCAUAGGAAUGACAGCGUGUGAACUUGCAAAUGGAGUCGUUCCAUUUGCACACACGCCAACCACGCUGAUGCUGACGGAAAAGGUCCGAGGCUGUGCGCCACAGUUGUUGGACCACUCUACACUGCCAUCUUUAUAUGAUGACGAUGGGGGACAGCAGUCAGCACUCCACGACUCUGGUGUAGGGGACAGCGUGGCCAGCAACAUGAUGCAAUUGAAGGCCGUGCAGCAGCGGAGGUUCUCGGAACCCUUUCACCAGUUAGCUGAGUUGUGCCUCCAGAGGGACCCCACCCUGCGGCCAUCGGCCAGUCAGCUCCUCGCACACUCCUUCUUCAAGCAGUGCCGUCAACGUCAUGCCGACACCGCCCCAACUGUGCCGCGCCUCCUGCACCCGGUCAUGCCAAUCUGUGAUCGCAGGGUUGACAGCCAAGAUGAUUUGGCUUCCAUCUUGGCUGCUGAGAAGCUCGCAGAGUUAGAAAUUGAACCUGACCAGUGGGACUUCUGAACUGCCUUGUUUGCAGCUCUUCUAUGAAGAGUUGUUCUGCUGACUACAAGUGUCUUAACUCCCUGCUUAUGCAUCAGCUUCCUUCUGUUCGUGUAAUGGCUUGAAGGCAGCGUUAUAAUUAUUGUAAUAUAGAAGAGCAUAAUGAUGGUACAAAGAACCACAAAAUAUGUAAUUUAUGUUGUAAAAAUGUGAUAGGGAAUAAAGGAACUGUUAUCUUAAUGCUUA